GGGAAAAAAUGAUAAGAGUGCAGAUGUUCUGUGUUCCCCCAAUGACAUCUGAUCUGGAAGAAACUAUAAAAUAUAAACCUGGGGGCCCCUUUGACAUAUAGAAAAACACCCUAACAGCUAACUCUGUUGCUGAAUAAGUAUGUGGUGGUUACCUACUUGGUAAGCUACCAGCCUAAUUCUUAUACUAACACACAAUCUAUGACAGAAAAUCACAAAAGUGAGAUUAACAGCUCAGCCCAGGUGUGCAUUGCUCCCCUACAGAGGUGGCCAUGGUCUUGUCCACCCUGAAAAAACUGUCCAAGAGUAUUAAAGGGUCACUUAUCAGUGCUUCAACUCAGAAAAAGGAGCUAAAGAUUUUGCCAUCUAGUAAAAAUGUGGACCUUCUUGGUGCUUACUCUUACCCUCGCUCUUAGGCUAUCCGAAGCUAACAAUGACACAGUAGGUGAAGAAAAGCUCGUUAUAGCCAGAGCUAAACUGCUGGCUCCCAGUGUGGUCGGAUGAAGCAUAAAGAAAAUGCCUGAGCUCUAUCAUUUUCUCAUGGAGCGAAUGGCUUUAUACCACAACUUGGAAUAUGAUUCAUCGGAAGAGAAGAAACCCCGUCUGAUAUUCUACAAUGAAAAGGAUGAGAUUGUUAAGACUGUUUCUGUGAAGAAAAUGAAGGCAGACGAGAUCAGCAGCUUGUUAGACUCACUCGGCUUCUACAAGAGGUCCAAGAAAGGGGAAGAGGUGCCAGAGGAGUUUCAGCAUUUUCCCCUGCGCGCCCCCAGGGACGAGCUGUGAUGACACCUUGUGGCCAAACUCUGUCUCUGCACCAUGGUCACAAUAAUGACGAGUGAGGCCCAAAGGCCAAAAUAAGCCAGGCACCACUCUGAUGACUCGCUGGCCGGGUGCAUUGAGCAGUGUUAUGUCAUUGUGUUUAUCUGCAGAAUUUAAAUAAAAAAAAGACUAUAAAAUACA